CUUUUUUCCCGCUAUAUCCCAAUGUCUUAAGGCUGUUAACUGCUAUCUUUCCUUUCCAUUUAAACACCAUGUUUCUCGUUGCAGGAGUCUUCUUCAACAACAUCAUUUUUGUUUUUACUGCAUUGGCCUUAUUCAAUUUGACUUUACACAUACAUAAAAACGCAGAAAUGGCAUAUAAUUCAACUGUCCUGUUUUGUUUCAAUCCUGCUAGUGUUUUCUUCUCAGCCCCCUAUUCAGAAUCACUGUUUGCAUUUACAACGUUUUAUGUGUGUUCCAAGUGUAUGGAUAUUAUAAAUUCUGCACUCUGCAAGAACACACAUUGGAUCCCAAAGUUAUCGACUAUGCUAUUACAAAUAACUUAAUAACACCAAGCAACAU